CAAGCCCCACCCUGAUGCAAGGCUGAGACUUUUCCCUCCCAUCACAAAACAUCUACCAACACAGGACCCCUUGGCACACAGAAAGGAAGUUGCUGAAAAUAAACGCUAUUUGGAACUGUUUUAACUUCUUGCACCGGCACUUUCUGAGUUGGAUUCCCACUCCCCUCCUCCCCCUGCGCUUGGAGUGUAGCCGAGAAGGCUCUGAAAACGGAUUUAACAACCCCUUAACCAGCGUGAGGUGAAAGGACCCAGACUGCUGUAGGCAUCUCCUAUUGGAUGCUCCAUCCAAGAUGGCUGCCCUCAUCACUGAAAACUUCCGCUUCCUUUCUCUGUUCUUCAAAAGCAAAGAUGUGAUGAUCUUCAAUGGCCUGGUGGCCCUGGGCACAGUGGGCAGCCAGGAACUCUUCUCUGUGGUCGCCUUCCACUGCCCCUGUUCUCCGGCCAGGAACUACAUCUAUGGACUGGCUGCCAUCGGAGUCCCAGCCCUGGCCCUGUUCCUCAUCGGCGUCAUCUGGAACAACCACACCUGGAAUUUGGUAGCUGAGUGCCACAAGAGGGGGGCUAAGAACUUCUCGGCCGCAGCCACCUUCCUGCUCUUUGGCUCCAUCAUAGGGCGGGCUGCCGUGGCCCCUGUCACCUGGUCGGUCAUCUCACUGCUCCGCGGAGAAGCCUACGUCUGUGCCCUCAGUGAAUUUGUGGAUCCUGCCUCCCUAGAAAAAUUUCCAUCCCGAUAUGGACCGGAGACCCUGGCCAGGUUCCCUUGUAAGGACAUUCCCGGGAACUUGACAAGUUUUAAGGAAGAAGUUAUAAGAAGACUAAGAUACGAGUCGCAGCUCUUUGGAUGGCUGCUCAUUGGGGUCAUCGCAGUCUUGGUUUUCCUCACCAAGUGCCUGAAGCACUGCUGCUCGCCGCUCAGCUACCGGCAAGAGGGCUACUGGUCCCAGUACCGCUCGAGCGAGGCCAAGCUCUUCGAGCGCACUGCUGAAGUCCACUCCAAGAUCCUGGCUGCCAACAACGUCAAGCAGUUCUUCGGCUUCGUGGCUCUGAAUAAGGAGGAGAAGGAGCUAGUGGAGGAGUUCCCAGUGGAGGGAGUCCAGCCAAGCCCGCAGUGGAACGCCAUCACCGGGGUCUAUAUCUACCGGGAAAAUAAGGGCUUCCCACUCUACAGCCGGCUCCAUAAGUGGGCCAAAGGGGUGGAGGGGAACGGGCCAGGGCCUGAUGGUCAGGAAAUGGUCUUCCUAGCCACAUAAGAGAACCAGCAGCCCAGGGGGAUGACAGAACCAGUUCCCCACACCAUCUUUAUUAUAUGGAGAUAUACCUAUCUCAUAGAACUGGAAGGGACCUUGAAAGGUCAUCGACUCCAGUCCCCUGCCUUCACAGCAGGACCAAGUACUGUCCCUGACAGAUUUUUUUGUUGUUGCCCCAGAUCCCUAUAUGGCCCCCACAACCCUGGGUUUAGCAGGCCAAUGCUCAAACCACUGAGCUAUCCCUCCCCCGCAGACUUUCCCAUCAGACAUUGCUUCACUGUAUGUUCAAAUAGGUAAAAACGGCACAGGAGCACGGCUAGUCGCUUUGCUGCCAAUUCUCCUCCAAACAGCUGUUCCUUCUGGGCACAGCAAGGGAG